AACAACAAACAAGACGAAGACAAGCAAGAAGUUGAAGAGAAGACCGGCUCCGGCUGACGACAAGGACAGCCGACAUUUUUAACAUUUAAAAAUUCAAACAAUAUGAAAAGUAAUGAUAGGCUUCCUUUAGAACUUUAGAAGGCACCUAAAGAGAAAUUAGUUGAAAUGGUGUUUCCACAGUUGGUUUGUGUGUAGGUAGGCUAAUCAAAUAGGCUCUAUCUUAACUGACAGUGUAGUCGUACAACUAUGGACUUGGCCAACUACUGCACGAACUAUUAGUGGAAUGUUUAAACUUAGAGCAGUUUAAACUAUAAACAAGUAGAUUGUUUUUCCUCUGCUUCCAGGCCAAAUGGUACUUCGGCACAAUGAUUUAGAUAGUUAACAAGGAAUUUUGUCUCCACUUAUAAAGACAAAAACUGCAAAUAAAAGACCAGUCUGCCCAUCAGGAAGAACAGGAUCUUAUCUAGGUAAUAUGGAGAGGCAGUUAAGCUUAGAAGUUAUGCCAAUCAUAAUCAUUGACCAAAUCGCCAGUUAUCUGAGUACAGAAGACAUCAUGGCUUGUUGCGCUACUAGCACCAAAAUGAGGGACGUAUUUAGCGAUGAUCUGAUUUGGAGAAGAUAUUGUAACGUUGACCGCAUUAACUAUCUCAAAAGAAGUGCUUGUUGGGUUGAACCCGUUUUUGAGUGGGAAAAUGACCGGUUAAGCAAGCUUUCACCAAUAACUGAAUGGAAAAGGAACUUCAUGAUGCAAGCCCACCUGUUCCAAAACUGGAGAAAUGGCAGGUUUGAGAAAAGUGAAUUGGAGUAUGGACCUCCCAACGUCGUCUAUAGCCAAUCUAGGAUUGAGUUCUAUGAAAAUGACUUUUUAUUCCUCCACACAUACCUUAUUAACAACAAUAAGCUGCUAGACGAAAUUUGGGACGUCGUUGAAACACCCUUUUUACAUUCAACGUUUUCAUCUAACAUUGAUCAGUUUGACAAUCUUGAUUCGCUUGUUUUUUAUAAAAUAGCAAAAAACAAGCUAGUUGUCGGUGUUUAUAACUUAAUUUUAGUGUAUGAUAUCACAUUGGGAUCUUUCUCUCGCAUUCCAUUGGUGAAUGCAUUCCUGUUUGAGAAGUCUGAAAAGGGUUCUAAAGAUGUUAUCACUCAUGAUGAAAACACUUUUUACAGGACAACUUACUUUGAAUUGGUGUAUCAAGUGGAGAUGACUGUUUCUGGUAACUUAUUUAUAGGAGCUGUAACAAAUUUCAAAGAUUUGCCGUGCCCUGCAUUUCAUGUUUGGGAUAUUCAAAAGGGGCAAAAAAUUGACGAAGUGAAUGUUCCUGUCGGUAGCAAUCUUGCUAUUGACGGAUUACAGUUCCUGUCAUGCGAUGAUGAAAAGAAUGUAGUAGUAAAACUUCGGGUUUUGCAUGACCGGCAUACAUACCAUUGUUAUGGGUACGAUCUUUCAAAAAUGAUGUUCACUUCGUUUUUAGUCAAACUUAACUACUGUGACUUUCAAGUCUUCAAAAGCAAAUUUUUAAUCGGUGCAGCUGCUGAAAGAAUCUUCGUGUACAACUAUGAAACAUCAGAAAAACUACUGGUCAGAAAGUGUCCACAACAAAUUCUAAAAAAGACGAUAAAUGUUGUUGGACAAAUGUUGCUGUUUGGAACAUUUGAAAAUGUUGUACAUGUCUUUGAUCUCACAACUUUAGAUAUCAUCAACAAAGUUAAGCUCGGAUUCACAUUAUAUAGUUUAAGAGCAAUAUGUGAUAAAUUUGUUGUCAUCAACUCGGUAAAUAGUGAAGUGUGGGAGAUAGGCAGAACUGCCAGGAAACUAUUCAAAUUUCCUGUCAACGGAUCGUUUGUUGCUGUGAAUCAGCAUUGUACAAAGUUAGCGAUAGAAAAAGAAAACAAAAUUGUAAUCUUACAUUUUUGGUGAUUCAACUCUUCUUUGUGUACCAAUGCAGACAAGGCUAUUGAUCUCUUAAGCAAAUUUUGAUUUGUAACCAUCACUAUUUACAUAAUCCGUGAAAUCUUACCAGAAUCUUAUUGUGGCUCUUAAAUAACUAGGCAUAUCUGUAAUGUAGUUUUUAACAUUUUAAAUAUACCUCAGAUAUGUUUUUUGAUAAGCACUAUUUUUUUUUCUAAAUAUUGUAAAUAAUAAAAAAGUUUCUAUAGAAUAUUCAGAUUAGAAACCUUUUGACUCAAGUUUAAAACUUGAAAUACACAAUUAUGGUAUAAAAUACCCCUGCCGCAGCAAACUUACACACUAAGUGCAUUUUUAAUUACCUGAUAAGGUUUUUACAAUAAGUUAUUAUUAUUAUUGUUACCUAUAUUUUGAUUAUUUAUCACCUAAUUUCUUCAAAUGGACACAUACCUUAAAAACCUUCACAUACCUUCAUGGUCCCAAAAAAAUCGGGGCCGGUGUUUUUUUAACCAUUGCAAGUAAUGUAACAAUGCUUUGCAAAUAAAGUAAUAUACUUAAAAAUCUAAUUUUUGAAGCAAACAUAUUUUUUCCCAUUUAAUACUAGAGUCCACAUGGAGCUGGGCAAAAAUUAAGUCUUUCUAUGAUUGUUGUACUUUUCACAAAUCCUACACAGUGUUAGUGGUUUUAUCUGAUUUCCUUUGAUUCCUGAGUGUUUCUUGGUGUUUCUCAUAUCUUGGUUGGAUUAAUUUUAAUGCAAAAAAAUCAAAUCACAUGUUUAUUUUAUAAAUACAAGAGUCCUACAAUAUAUUAGUUUAGGAAAAGUUGUUAGUAUUGUAUUAAAACGUUAGGUUCUCCUGAAAUUUAAGUUUUUAAGUAUUGGUGUUUUAUAUUAUUUUUGAAAAAUAGGAUUUUAAAGAAAAUUUAAAUAAUUUCCAAUUUUGUCUUCUCCCAAUUUCUGUUAAUAUAUUCUCCAAAAAUUGAAAAUUUUACAUUCUAAAACUGUACAAACCCAUGUUUUUAUUACCGGCACUUGCAUAAAAGAUUUAUUAUUAUUAUCUUCACUCAGAUUAUAAUGAAGUAAACAGUUAACUCUGGCAGCUAAACCCUGCGGAUAUUAGAAUAAUAUUGUGGUGAAGACAAAAAAGUUCUAUCCAACAAGCAAUUUAGGGUUUCUUUUGUAUAUUUAAAAAUCGGUAAAUUUUUAACAGUUGUUAAAGGGGAAAUAGUUGGAUUGCCACCAGCAUAUUAACACAGUAGAUAAUAUUUUUAUGUUUAUUAGUAUUUAAGAGAUAGCAAAUAAAUGUGAGCCCAUUUAAUUAAUUUAUUACCCAAGGAAAUAACAUAAAAUGACAACCAAUGAUGAAUACAAACAUAUUUUUGAAAUGUACUCAAACUCGUCCAUACACUUAUAAUGCUUUGUUUUGAUAAAAUAAUUAUCUAUAUAAUUUUUUUAUUGCAUUUUAUGUACAUCUUCGCAAUUUAUAUUAUUUUAUACUUUAGAUCAUUGUUCAAUCUUGUAUCUUCUAAUUAUAACAUAUAUUAUAUAUUCAUAUUAUAACAUGUAAAUAUAUAGGAAUUUGUUUUAAAAUUGUUUAUCAGCCUAUGUAGGCCUAUACAUAUUUUGUACAAAGUAAGAUCAACAAUAAUAAUUGUGUAAAAUUUGAUGAAUAAAUAGUUAUUUGUGUAACUAGUGGUGAAAGUAGCACUUUGCUGCUCACGGCGGCUCGUGCGGAAUGAUCUCGAGUGCAGCAAAGGCCUUUUUCACUCGUGUUACACAUUAUAUUUUUCCUACAGUCACUAUAAAACAUAUAAAUAAUUAGUCUUUCAAACACUAUACAACACGUUUUUAGGUUCAGCUGGCAACACAAAUAGGUGCCCUAGAGAAAGUAGUACCCGCGGUCUGUAUCACUCCGCUAUUUUUCCUCGGCAAGAAAUGUGCUCCGCGUUUUGAGAAUAUAGUUCCGUCUGUUUUUGUAAUUUGAAGUGGUUUCCGCGCCUAAACAAAUGCUUUAAAGGUAUUUUCUUGUUUAUUAAGAUCGUAGGAAUGUUUUAAAAACGUUUAAAUGAAAAGUCCAGAAAGUUCAGAAAUACCUAAACUAUAAACACGAAAUGACAGGUUAAAUCGUAGUUAUAAUAGUCAAUCAGCUGCUCAUAGUAUUAUUAUCUUUAAGUGUUGCCAACCUAUUUCCAAGCGUACACGGAUUACGUGCAUAAUAGAACCACGCUGUUUUGUGUUCGUUUCGUUGGAAUCCUGAUGUGCGGCAAAGUAUAAACCGUACGGCAAAGUAUAAACCGUACGGCAAAGUAUAAAUAUGCAGCAAUUAGCAGCUUUCUGUACUAAAAACAGUACAAGGAAGCCAACUUUGUCGGGUGACUGUAGGAAAAUAUUUUUAGAAGUAUUACAUCUUUCUCAAUUGAACACCUAUAUAAAUACUGACCUUGUAGACACAACCUGUAGGACGACUACCGGAUCAUAAUUGUAUGUUUGUAAAUCUCUGUUAAGGAGAGAGAAUGAAUAAAAGCUAGUGUUAGGAAUUCCGGGUUUUCACUUAAUGACUUUUACCACCCUUGACAUGGUCUAGUGCUCUGGUGUCAACAUGCUCAAAGCUUAAGGUGCUAUGGAACAUCACUUAGUGACUGGAAUAAUAGGAUGUUAAUUAUUCUUGGAACAUAAUGUCUCAUCACCCACAUUUUUGUAAAGUUAAGGUUUAAGCGUGUUCUCCGACUUGAAAAUAUAAAA